AUGAUUUCCAGAUACAAAAGAAAGCCAGUAUCACAGAUUUUACACAUAAAUCAGACACUUGCCAAAGCUGCAGAGAAUCAUCCUCCUCCAGACAGAAUAGACAGUUUACCCGCAUCUCGUGGCAGUGAACGAUAUAUAGCGGCUUCUGAACAUGAAAGUAAAUCAGAGGUUUUCAGAAAAUUCAGCAUUCCAGAGAAAUGAUACGGAGGUUUCAUGGUCAGAAUUUCAAAGUUGUGCUGAACUCUCCACUGAUAACAGCUCAGUUAUAUCUUGGGGCUUUGAUGAGUUUGACCAGGCCGCAACACGACAGGUGCAAAAGAUUUUCAAGCAGAUUGAUGAAUUGCUCUAUGAACAGAAGGCCAGCACGUUGGUGGAUGGUCUACAGGAAGAGUGCCAUCAAUGGAUGUCAUCCUUCCCACAUCUGCGAAUACAAGGCAAGCAGACAGUGGCUCCAGUUGAAGAUGGGUACAGGUGGUAUUCCAACCAGGCCUCGGAAGCUGCUUCUUCCACAGCUUACAGUUUAACUCAUGGAAGAGAUUCUAAUGAGCUGGGCAUUUAUGGCACAAGAUUUCCUCUCUCCACAACUAGCGACUCCAGCACCCCAAUGUCCUUUACCCUCUCUGGUGAAGAUGAUGAAGAGGAUGCUGUAGGUGUCAUCAUGUCAGAUGGCAUUAUGGAAGAAUAUUUGGCUUUUGACAGCCGAGAUAAGGAUGAUGAGCUCUUCGAAUGGCACAGAGUAAUGUCUUUGGACAGCCUGAAGAUGGGUUACCCCCCUAUUUCCCCACAGUACUGCAAGAAAGAGGCUGUGCUGGCUUGUCUAUUUGAUGAUGUCUGGAGGGAAGUGGUUGGAUGUUUAGAGGAGCUCAUUUGCAGACAUUGGGAAGAAUCAAUCUCAGAUGAUGACAGACAUGACAUGGCAAUUAAAACCACUAGAGUGGAGCCUCUUAAUCUAUAUGCUCCUCUCCAGCGCCUUCCAUUGGUUCUACCUCCCGUUCCACAUUCCAAAAUUCCUGCUAUCUCCCCCAAUGUGUGCUUACAGUGCGGCCGCAUCUACAGGAAAAAAAAGAAAGGGAGAUCCUCCCACGCCAAUCGUUCUCAAGUGAGUAGCAUCGUGAAUCAGCGUAACCUGAAUGAACUAAUGAUGAUUCAUGGAAUCCCUUUACAGCAGAGGAAUCUCCAUCUUAUGGACAAAGUACUAGAUUCUGAUGACAAGCUACCCAUUAGACCCACUUCCGCUGCUGUAAUCUCUGGGAAACCAUGGCCAGGCCGACCACUGGAACACAGUACCUCUUCAUUGUCUCAUAACGUCCCUUCAGCAAGGCGGCGUAACCCCCCAAGAACCCUUCACCCAAUAAGUAAUAAUCCUAAUAAUUCCAGGUCUGGGACACCAAAAAUGGAAGAAGUCAUCAGGGGAACACGACUUCAGACUGCAAAUGACCAACUGCCCUGCUCCCCAGUUCCAUUCAACCGAAAUAAUUUGCUCCCACCAAUUGGUACCUCGGAUACAGAAUACCACUACUUGCCUGGAUCGCAGAGACAAACGCCAGAUAACCCCCUGGGAAGAUCGUUUGUAAAUUUAGACCACCCAAAUCCACUUCGCCUCAGGAGAGGUUCUGAUGAAAUAGAUUCCAUUAGCAUUGGUGUCACUGGCAUUGGUUUAGGUAUUGGCAGUUCAUCAGCCAUUUCAGUGCAAUGGAGCCAUUCGGUCUAUGAGCGGAAAGAUGACAGGGAAGAACUACACUCAGGUAACCCAUUUCAUCUAACACUCAAAUCUCAAAGUCAUCGUGGAGCCCUUGCAAGAAGCAGACAAGGACUAUAA